AUGGUAAAAUUCAAAGGCCGCUCUACUAUAAAACAAUAUAUGCCACAAAAACCGAUCAAAAGGGGGUACAAGAUUUGGAUGCUCAAUGAUAAAACUAAGUAUACAUCAAAGUUUCAAGUUUAUACUGGAAAAGUUGUAGGUGGUGUGGAAAAGUUAUUAGGUGAAAGGAUAGUAAACGAUCUCAUGGUUGGUUUAGAAGGAAAAAAUCAUAUUUUAUUCAUUGACAACUACUUUACAAGUCAAAUAGAAAAUACCUCCCAAAUUUUUUUACCUGAUAAAAACUUAAAAAGAGGAGACUUUGAUUACUUUACAAGUAAUCACAACAUAGCAGUUUACAAAUGGAUGGAUAAUAAACCUGUGUAUAUGAUAUCAUCCUUACAUUCACCCAAUGACACUUUUCAAGUAAAAAGAAAACUCAAAGAUGGAAAUACUACUAUGGUCCCCUGUCCAAAAGUGCUUAUAGGUUACAAUAAUAAUAUGAAUAAUAUUGAUGUUUUUGAUCAGCUAAAAGCAGCAUAUGGAAUCAACCGAAAAGCUAAAAAAAUGGUGGCAUAG